AUGAUUCCAAAUACACCAGCUUAUAAUAGCGCUUACUACCAUGAGCAGAACAUUCUAUCCAUACCAGGGAAUACUUAUGGACAACAAAUGUUACCAAUCUCUCAAAACAAUUAUAAUAUUUAUAAUCAAAAUAAUCAUGAACAGAAUAUUGGAAAAUAUUAUAAAUUACGUUCUUCAUAUGGUUAG